GUCAGGGCAGCUGCAGCCCCCUCCCCUCGCUCUCCUCCGUCUGACUCACAGGGGGCGGGGGGAGCGGGGCAUCGGAGGACAGAGCGGCGGCGGGGGCGGGGGCGGGAGCCAGCCGCAGCCGCAGCCGCACGUACAUAGUACGGCGCAGAGCUCGGUGCCGGCAGAGAAGGACACACCGGGGUGGAUAAAGGGGCAAAAGUUUACCAAGUGCUGACGGUUCCCGGCUUCCGCCAGAGACCCCGGAGUGCACAGCGCUGCUGCAGGUUAACUCUUAAUAAACAAAUGCCAAGGCUCGAGGAGCACUGCUGGAGUUGCUCUUGCGCCAGACAGAUAGACAAGAAGGGCACAAAGAUAAGCAUUUGGCUAACACAGAGAGCUGGAGCAGCCAUGUCCUCGCUAAACUCUCAUAUCAGCUUAGCCUAUAGCACCUUAGCCAGCAGCCAGGGCCGCAGCCUGAUCCGGAGAAGCCUGGUCCUCUUUGCUGUUGGUGCUUUUCUUGCCUUGGUGCUUAAUCUUCUCCAAAUCCAGAGGAAUGUGACCCUAUUUCCGGAAGAGGUCAUUGCUACCAUCUUUUCUUCCGCUUGGUGGGUCCCACCUUGUUGUGGCACAGCAGCUGCUGUUGUUGGCCUUCUUUAUCCCUGCAUUGACAGUCAUCUUGGAGAACCACACAAAUUCAAGAGGGAAUGGGCCAGCGUCAUGAGAUGCAUAGCUGUUUUUGUUGGAAUUAACCAUGCUAGUGCUAAACUGGAUUUUGCAAAUAACGUUCAGCUUUCCUUGACACUGGCAGCCUUGUCUUUGGGUCUGUGGUGGACCUUUGACCGUUCCCGCAGUGGACUGGGGCUCGGAAUUACAAUAGCAUUUCUUGCAACACUCAUAACACAGUUCCUUGUCUACAAUGGAGUGUACCAAUACACCUCUCCAGACUUCCUGUACAUUCGUUCCUGGCUGCCUUGCAUAUUCUUCUCUGGGGGUGUAACUGUUGGAAACAUAGGUCGACAGCUAGCAAUGGGGCCCACAGAAAAACCACAUGGAGACUAGACGCUUCAGCAUGUUAUUCAUGUGCGAGGAGAAGAAUUUCUCUGAUGUUGGAAAAGCUUGCACUAUGUUACUGAGUAACAACACGCAAACUUGUUCUGGAAACAUGUAAAAAUGGAAGGCAUCAUUAUUUGAUUAGUACAUUUUAUGGCGUGCAGAAUUUUGUCCCGGCUCCAGGGAUUGAUACGAGACUAUUUAUUUUUGGUGGAGCACGGAUAGGACGAAAAAUAAUCAUCCAGUAAAGCGUGUGCUCUUCCAUGAUUGCUGCAGGUUUUGUGUAUCUAUCAAUAUAGCGGUAGGAUCUUAAAUGUUAUCUGCAUGGUGUAUAAGCUGUUUGCCAGCUUCAAGUACCAGUAUUACGAUUUCAUUAUAAGAAGAGGACUGUCCAUUAUGAAGCUGAGCAGCAACCAUGUCCCGUGGAAGAUGCCUAAAAGCAAAAAGGAUGAAGUGAUGUUUCAUAGCAGUGUAUUAUUUAUCUGAAGUGGAAAAUAAGGCUGUGGGGGGAAAGGUUAGAGAUAAAUGACACUCGCCUUUAGAAAACUGUUCUCUGAUCUCUACAUAUAUUAGCUGCAAAAAUGUUUGAGGUUUGAAUCAAACCUGAGAUUAUAUAUCUGAUCGAUAUAUGGUGUCACCUACUAUAAAUUGUGAUAUUGUGACCACAUAAAGCACCAGUCCGUAGGCCAAGUUUAAAUAUAUUGACUACAUAUGUCUGACAUGACUGCUAAUAUGUGUAGUAGUUACAGUAAGGGUCACUAAUAGUAAGUUUUCCUAAUGAAUACUGAAGUGACGACAUCACAACCCACUGUGUCUAAAUAUCCAGUUUCAAAAAGUCUAUAGAAAGAUUAACGUCCCUUUCAGUUUCAUUAAUUCCCUCCCUCUCUCUUAUUUUUAGUAUGCUGUAAUAUUCUUUUACUCCAGCUUAAAUUCUGAAAGGGGAACAUUCUUUCUAGAAAUAAGCUUACACUAUGUGAUGAUCAGGCCCAUGUUGCUCUAGGAUGACCUACUAAUAUGAACUAAAUAGCCACCAAAAUAAUGACGUUUGCUGGCCAUAGACAUCAAGAUGGUUUGUGUGUAAGGAAUUCUUGGUUGCAUCGGCUGUUGAUAGUAAAGCUGGGUACACAUCUAUACAAUCAAUGGCCCAAUCACCUGAUAUUGUGUGAAGGGGCUGACAAUUGUAUAGGUAUGUGUGCAGGUCCGUUGCAUGAGCUGAUAAUCGGCUAAUAACACCACUGCAAUGGUCUGUAUUGGGAGGUCGCAUCUUAUGUGCUGUUUAAUAUUUGUCGGGCAGACCUCCCAAUCUCAUAGAACCACAUACACAUUGAGCUAUUUCUAGUACAGUGUGUAUGGGCUCGCCUUGCAGAAAGCUGACAGCAGGUCAAGCUGGGGACAUACUGUUCUGCUAAUCGGGAGCGUUAACCCAAUCGGCAGAGUGAUCAUAAAAGUGUGUAACCAGCUUAAGUACAAGCUGGACAACAGCACUUUGAUCUGUGAUUAAAUAUUUCUGCAAAAGAAAAGGGAAAGCAAUGUGAUAGUUGGUGUUUGCCCCUUACCCCUAAUACUUCUUACAAGUCUCAGUUAUGUUAGACACACCAGUUUUCUGCUCCCUGGAAAGGUAUCCUAUAAUUAUGCCAGAAGUGGACUCUGUGCUGUUUUUUUGUCCACACAGCCUUAUUAAUAUUUGCAGUCUGUGAUUGCCUUGUAAAGAUAAAAGUGCAUUUGUCACUUCAUUAAACGUGCCGUUUUGAAUAUUCUUUAGUAUUUGUGAGCACAAUGUAUUCAUUGCAAACAUUUAAUUCAAUUUACUUACAUUUUAGGCUGAUUGCUAGGAAACAUAUAAAUGAUAAGUGCAAUGUGUUUAAAGGGAAUCUAUCACUUAUUUAUUUUUCUGGAUCUCAGCGUUUGGUAGUGUUGCAGAUAUAUGCACUAGGUGUAUUGUUUACUUUCCUUUGAAAUCUCUUGCAUUAUUAAAGGUACAAUAAUGUUUUAAAAACUAUGAUUUCAAAAAUGUGUUCCCAGAACAAAUUGCAAUAACAUUUCCAUUUAGAAGUGAGAACUGACCUUUUAGGCCAGACAUGGGCAAUUAGCGUCCACCAGUCACUGUGAGACUACACAUCCCAGCGUGCCCUGCAUCAGAUUUGCUAUGAGGGCAUUUUAAAACUGUAGCAUGGCGUGCUGGAAUGUGUAGUUCAACAGCAGCUUGAGGGCCGCUAAUUGUCCACCCAUUUUUGGCAAUACAUUAGAGUAAGACAACAGUCACCAAGAUACAGUAUGCUAUGUAACAUACUACAAUAAAUGUUGCUCUGCAUAUGUAAUCAUUUUUUAUAACAUCUCAAAGCUUUAGUGAACUUGGGGGCAGAUGCUGGAGAAGUGAUAAAACAGUGAUAAAGAAGAGAUAAGAUAAAGAAGUGAUGAGUGGAAGGUGAUAACGCACCAGCCAAUCAUUACUGGUUUGAAAAAUUACAGAAGCUUAUUGGCUGGAGCGUUAUCACCUUCCACUUAUCACUUCUUUAUCGCUGCAUUAUCACUUCUCCAGGCUUAACUACAUUUGUCUCAUUGUCUACAGUGGCCUAAAAGUUGUAAACGCUAAACAAUUGUCACCAAAUAAUUUCAGGGUUUUUAGGUCCAAGGGAGUUUUUGGGGUAGAUGUAUUAACCUGGAGAAGGCAUAAGGAAGUGAUAAACCAGUGAUAAAGCAGUGAAUGCACCAGCCAAUCCGCUCCUAACUGUUAAUUUACAUAUGGGAGCGGAUUGGCUGGUGUGUUUAUCACCUUGCAUUUAUCACUGGUUUAUCACUUCCUUAUGCCUUCUCCAGGUUAAUACAUCUGCCCCUUUGUCCUUAAAGAAACAGACUGUGAAGUAAAUAAUAACUGAGGCUUUGUGUGUGUAUAGAUUAUUAUUCUCUUUGCCAUGAUGGAUUUCCCUUCUAAAAUUAUAAAGGGCAUACAAUGUCAAUUUUAUCUUCGAGGACUAUACACUUUCAUUCUUCUGGCCAGUGUUAUCUUAGCAUUAUUCUGCACAGUGGCAUAAUGUUAUUGUUGAAGAUGGUCGUACCUGUCGCUCAUUUUUCUGGAAGAUACCUUGUAGAACACAAUUAGCAAAUGUGUAAAUAGAAUAGAAAUUAAUUUAUGGCUUUCAAUGUUUUUAGCCAACAAUUACGUUCAAAAUAACUACUUCUAAACUGCGCAUUUUAUCAGACAGGUUAGAUCAUCGGAUUCUCUUACAUUCAGUCACUUGCUGGCAAUUAAAAUCUCUUCCACAUAUUUGGUUGACAGGUUUGCUCUGUUGCUUCUUGAAAACAAAUCAGCAAUAAUUUCAUUAAUAGAAAAUUCACCUUAUUGUAGCAUUCAUUGAGUUUUAUCUAGAAAUACUCCAUUUAUUGUUUAAAAUGUAAAAGUGUUUUCUGUGAAGUUGCCUUUACAUAUUUUACUUUAUGCAAGGAAAUCUUGCAUUUGGUUUAAAUUCUUGCUUCAAGUUUGAUGUAAAUCUAAUAAUUUUACUUGCCAACAAUCUGUAAUCUUUGCUACCUUUAGACAGAAAGUUAACAAAGUAUUAUAGUGUUUGUGAAAUACCUAAGGUGUUAAAUAAGUUUAAUUUACUAUUGUGUGUAUCUUAAAAUUCAUAAAAAAUUAACACCACAAUUGAAUGAAUAUUCUUGUGUGUGGUAAGUGAAAUAGCUGCCAUCUUGAAGUCUUUUCACAGUUUGAUAAGUCUUUUUUUUUUAAAAACUGGACAGGAUUAAUUAACCGGACAUAACGGUGUGUGUAUAGAACGCUCACCUCAUCCAUUUCAGAUAAAGCGGGUUAUCCUAUUAAUUCGCAAUCGUUUUCAGUGGGAGAAAACGGGCAGAUAUUGAGAUUAAUGACCGAUAAUCAUUUAUGUGGUAUCCAAUUAGGGUCCGUUUUUCAUCGGCCGAAAAUAAACCUGCAAUUGCGCAAAAACACAUAUGCCUGAGGCACCUGAAGCAUAAUCCACGAUAAGUGCCGGCAUUGGGGCUAGCUAAGUAGGCUAGCCCCCGACGUACCUAUUAGCAGCGGUAAAUUACUGCUGCUGAUAGGAUACCCCCCCUUAGUGUAUGACCAGCACUCGCAUUCAGUUUCCUCAGAAAGCUUUAGUCAUGUAAAAGUCAUGGCAUGUUGGCAGAUGACCGACGACCGUUUUCAACUGAUCACUGUGGCUUUGCACAUACCGAUCAGAAGCCAGAUAAAGUAGUCCAAAUAGACGCCCUGAGGAAAAGUGACAGUGAUCAGUUGAAACGGUCGUCGGGCAUCUGCCACCAUGCCAUGACCUGUAUAUGCCUUAUACCUGAGUAAAGCUUUAUACUGAAACUAAAUGUGAGUGCUGGUCUUACACUUUAUCUGAAAAUAUAUAUUGACAAUUAUUUUAGAGAUGCACCAAUUAUUUGACUGAUUCAAAAAAAUUUGAAUUUGGUUGAUUUGAGGGUUUCAAAUCCAUUCACAAAACAAUCGUGAGUUUUAGGCUGGGCUCACAAUUAAAAUAGACUUUUAAAAUAAACUAAAAAAUAAUUCUUGUUAAUCUUAAAUUCUACUAUUAUAGUAUUUUUUUUUUUUUAUUCACACAGCAAAUAUUACUCUGCUGAAAUGUGCAUGGUAAACCAAUAAAAUACUAUAUAAUGUAGUGUAGUCAUUAAAACGUACAAAAUGGUUUAAACUUUGCCUUGCAGAGUAUAGCUUGUGGGGGAAGGGGGGGUUGUUUUUUAGGUGUUUGUUUAAAGCCUAUUUAAGGUAUGAGAAUUUAUUAAAAAUUGUACAACUUUUAGAGCCAGUUCACUAAACCUGUUUGGAACCACUGUGAAAUUUGAGCAUCUCCUAGUCACUGUAGCAGCUAUUCAGCAAAGCUUUGUUGUGUCUGAGGCCAUACACUGGACACUAGUAUUGAGAAACUUGUGUUACCACCACUCAAUGCACAGAUGAGUUGUGAAGCAGACUUUAGCAGCCUGUUGCUCUCUAACUGGUGUGAUACUACAAUUCCCAGCAUGACAGUUGUCCUCCAGCUAACUGGACUUGUGGGGCUUGUAUCAGCGGGAGUACCACAGCUUCUCAUACCUUUGUUCCAGUCUCGUUGUUAACAUGACUAAUGUGUUAAAUAUCUAUUUACAUAAGGCUAUUUUAGUUGUCUGUGUUCAGUUUGAGGGAUGCUCAACAAGCAGCUGUACAGCUGUUGUGGAACUAUACACCCCAGCAAGCACUGUCACCGUUUUACCAAUCCCCAAUAGAAAAACUGUGGCAGGGCAUACUGGGAUGUGUACUUCCAUAACAGCUGGAGAGCCACAUGUUUAGCACCCUUGCUUCCAUUUGAUUUAAAAGUAACUUAUGUUGCCAAUACUUGUAGCAAGUUUAUAAACCAAAGUCAGCCAAGUUGAAAAAGUAAAUGAAAAUAUUUGCACUAUGCUGUAUUUACAAAAAAAAUAAAAAAAUAAAUGAUGUAUAUAUUAUCAGCUCAUUCUGUGUAGAAUUUCUGUCGUAUGCUUUAUAAAUGUAUAUAGCUUUUUUAUUAAAGGUUGUGGAUUAUUUGA